AUGAUAAAGAAAAAUGAUCCGAGGGCAGAGGACUUGCCAGACGACUUGACACCUUUUAUUACUCGAACAAUUAUGGACCACGCUAGUGGAGGCGCAUUUGGCGAUGUUUGGAAAUGCAAUUACUUGAAUGCAGAUGGUAAAUCAACCCUCGUUGCGGUCAAGGCCUACAGGUUUUCAGAGAAUGAUGGUUUGGAGAGGAUCAACAGGCAAAUUACCCCAGAAAUUGGCAUAAAUUUGAAACUGCUACACCAUGCCAACAUUGUACCAUUGUUGGGUAUAGCGACAGGAUUUGGACGGAUGCCAGAGUUGUGCUGCUUGGUGUCUCCGUGGAUGCCGAACGGCACGUUGAAUAACUACCUAGCAUUGAAUCACAACAAUCUAACAGUCUUGGACUGUUUACGUAUGCUAGAGGACAUCAGCGCUGGACUUCGAUAUUUACACUUGAUGUCUGUCAUGCACAGGGAUAUAACAGGGGCGAAUAUACUGAUUGACGAGGGAGGCCAUGCGAGGCUAAUUGAUUUUGGUCUUUCCACCGUUAUCCAACCCCUUCUCGGCCAGUCGCACUUGGCCACGACAUCUGCACGUCCAGGUGCGAUCCGCUAUGCAGCGCCAGAGCUUGUUGUACCAGAUGGUGUCCAUAACCUUGUGUCUCUGGAAAAAACUGAUAUCUACUCUUUUGGUUGUGUAAUGCUUCAAGUUCUCUCGGGCCGGCUUCCUUGGUCUGAGGUGACAACUGGAAUUCUGGAUCUUCGCAUUGCUGUCAUGAUACUCGGAGGUCGUGGACCACAACGCCCCGAUGGUCAUCCUGCCAUAACAGACUUGGAUUGGCACUUCAUCCAAACAUGUCUGCGAUUUGAACCCGAACUUCGACCUUCAGCAAACGAAGUAGUUGAAUUUGUUGUGCAUAGAUUUCCCGUCUCAGGUUCUUCUAGACCACUUGACGAUCUUCCCAAUGAUACAAUGAUAGCUCCCCUGGACCUUCCCCGCAUUGUGGUUCUGAUGACUUGGACAGAGCAGAACAUCCACCCGACAGUCUACCAGUUCACCCUAGUCAUGAACCGAAACCUUCGAUCGUAG